AUGCAACCACAAGUCAAAGUGCCUACUGAGGAUUAUAGCCAUAGUUUUCAGGCAGGUGACAUGGCAAAUUAUGGCCAUAGGGAUGCAGCAACCAUUCACUCAGAAGAUUGGCAGAUGCCUAAAGCUGGGGAUAGUUGUCAGACGAACCCACAAUAUAAUCGAACACACCGUCCGACAGUGAUUGCAACUUAUGCAGACGUAUUCUGA